UCACGAGGGGAUCUGGGGUAAAAUUGGCGGCGAUGGAGCAGAAGAGGGAGAAUUCUGUGGAUCGAAUUAGGGUGCCGAUAGACAGGUAUCAAUUUUCAUACAGAACGUCUGCGGAUGGGGUGGUGGUGAAAGAGUUGGGGUCUGAUGGCGAGUUGAGAGUGUUGUGGAGCAAGAAAGAGGCGUUUUGUUUUUUGUAUUCUUGGGAUGGGAAGUAUUUGGCUUUGGUCGUGGCAGAAAAGAGCGAGGCGAGCGACAAAGAGAGAGGCGAGAGGCAGAUGGUGUGGAUGACGAGUUUAUCUACCCGUCGAUGGGUUGAGAUUUUAGACGUGGAGAGGAUGGAGACGGUGAAGAUAAUAGACGAUGUACAGGGAGUAGAGGAGCACUUGUACUGGUCGCCGAAUAAUCGGUAUUUAGUGACGUGGCAGCCUUUAUCUUCGAACAGAAGUGGCGAAGUAGGGGAGCAAGGGGAGGAGAGGAAUGUGAAAAUUUGGAGAAUUCACGAUGGGAAGAAAGUCAUGUCUUGGAAGAGUGCGAAUCGACAAUGCUGGCCGAUGUUUCGGUGGACAGAUGAUGAGAAGGUGGCGGCUAGGUGGAAGAAUGGCCAAAUAGAGGUUUAUGAUUGGCAGUGGAUGGUGGAACGAGGGGAAGAGAAUGGCGUUGAAAAGUGUGUUAAAUUGGCGUGUAUAGGAAUUUCAGACUGGAGCUUGUCUAAGAGAUCGUUAGCGGUGUUUUUGCCUGAGAGGAGCGGUCAUCCAGCCAAAGUGUUUAUAUAUGGGCUGAACGUGCCUGUGUCUAAAUCGGAGAAGAGUGACGUGCAGUUGGUGAGUUCGGUUCCGAUGUCUACAGCGAGUUUUUUCCGUGCGGAUGAAGUGAAGUUUAUGUGGCAUUUUCGUGGUCAAGCUCUAUUGGUGUUCGCGAGGACUAAAACUGAUACGACUGGGAAGGCGUACUACGGGGAGACGUUUUUGUAUUACUUAUCGGCGGAUGGGAAGUACACAACUGGGGUGAGUUUGGAAAAAGAGGGUCCCAUUCACGACGUCCAAUGGAAUCCCAACGGACACGAUUUUACCGUGACGUAUGGAUUUAUGCCGUCUAAAACCACACUAUUUAAUAGGAAAUGUAAGGCGCUGGGGCACUUGGGCUUGGAUCCGAGAAACAAGGUAAUAUGGAAUCCACAUGGACGUAUUUUGUGUCUUGGCGGAUUCGGGCAAUUACCUGGAGAAAUGGACUUUUGGGACACAGUCAAGCUCGUCAAAUUGGGAUCUGCGGUCUCUUAUUGCAGCGGGUAUCACGAAUGGACUCCGGACGGAAAGUAUCUGAUUUCUGCUGUGACAUGGCCGAGAAUGCGCGUGGAUAAUCGCUACGAAAUUUUUGAUGUCAAGGGACGUUGUAUUGUCCGUGAACCUUGCCAGGAAAUGUGGAAAAUACAAUGGAGGCCUGUUCCUAACUGUCUCCCCGCUUAUGCAUCCCCUCCCACACAGGAUAUUGUUGUUCAGGAGCCUGUACGCCUAUGCGAGUCAACGAAACCUGAAUCUAGUCUCAAAUCCUUCGGCGACGGUUCCUCGCAAAAGGUCGGCAAAUCGACCGGAUCGGCCGAUCAGGCUCAGAAUAGCGGUGGCGCGUAUCGACACCCUAAUUGGUCGAAGACAUCAGACGCUUCUUGUAAUGGCGCAGAAGUUCCUGUCGCCUCCGAGACCCUGAAAAGGACGAUCGUAGGCGGCACCAAGAAGAUACCAAAAAAUGGAAAUAACCGACCUGUUCCCGGCGGCAAACCAAAAAAUCAGAAAAACAACAAAAUACUCUCAGCUCAAGGGUGACGAAAUAAAGUUCCCGCAUUUAAAACA